AUGGCUGAGCAUGUCAUGUUGUUAACUGGAUUUUUUGCACAUCCCUAUGAUAAUUUUCAAUUUGAUGAUCUGCGUUUGCAAAGAUUGCAUGAUAUACUCACCAUUAUGUACAACACCACAAAUUAUCAGUCUGAAAACAUAUUACGCGAAUUAGCACCAGACUGUAAGGAAACAGUGAUUAGAGGAUUACUUUUUGGUACUCCAGUUUCACCAAAUGGAUUUUUUUUUAAACGCAUAACACCGUCAAGUAUUUGUUGUAUGUUUAAUUAUCGCAGAGAUGGUUAUGCAACGCGCGAAGUUAAUGUCUCGAAGAAUGAAAGAACUAUAAAAUUUGAAUCUAAUUCCGUACUAAAUAGCGUGCAAUUUGUAUUACAAAACAAACGAAAUGAAUACACUUACACUGAAUUAUCAAAUAGUGGAUUUCAGCUAUAUGUAUUUCCAACGGAUGACUUUUUCAUACAGUCAAAUACGAAUGGCGAAGUCAUGGUGACUGAUAACUCUAUUGUGGAAAUACCAAUAGUACCUAUAUUUUUAGAGUCCAACCAAAAUAUACGAAAAUUUUCACCACAAAUAAGGCAAUGUUAUUUUCAGGAUGAGGGACAAAAAAUCAUAAAUCGGACAUAUUAUUCAUUGGAUGAAUGCCUGAUGUUAUGUCGUAUGCGAAGUAUGAUCAAGUACUGCGGUUGUGUUAAUCCACCAUGGCCAAGUGAUCUCAUAAACGGAAGCAUUUGCAAUUUACUUGACCUUCCAUGUCUGACAAGGUGGAAAAGUGUCUGGUAUGGCUGGAAAAGUUUUGAUUAUGUUAAUAAACAGCAGAACUCAAAGGAACUAUUUGAGUUUGAAAACUGUGGUUUUUGUUUACCCACUUGUAGUGGUGUGAAAUUUAAAAUCAGCGUAAAUGAUUUGCCACUUCGAAAUGUUAUAAGCAAUUCUGGCGAUUAUUAUAGUCAUGGUAUACUAGAGGGACUAACAAACGAUCAACCGCUAGCAGUCAUUAAAUUAUUUUUUGCGAAACGUUAUGCCCAGGCAACUGAAACGACUGUUGUUAGCGAUUGGGUUGUUUUAUUAAAUCGGUAUGGCGGUAUAUUAUCCUUAAUAUACGGUUUUAGUAUUAUAAGCUAUAUUGAAAUUAUUUAUUAUUCUUCUGGUAAAUGCAUAGAAAAGAUUUUGGAGAUAUCGAUAUCGACCUUAGAUGCACUGCGUGAAACACUUCAAAUAACGUUCAACUUACUGCAGAAAUCUAUUGCUGGGCUAUAA